ACUUUAAUUGUGUUCUAAUCAAAAUCAUUAAGUUUUCCAUCUUAAUUUAGAUCAACAAACAAAAUUGUAUCUUAAUUAUCUCUCUGGUUCUAAUUGUCUCCGUGCUUGUAUUCAUAUUAACGUUAGAUUUACAUAUUACAUUCUAAUCAAAGUAACAACUUGUUUAAUUGUGAUUGUUUCUCACACCAGCUCAAAGGAAUAGAAGGUAAAUUUUGCCUUCUCUUUUACCAUAUGAUCGUUUAUUGAAUUCUAUUGGUGAAUUAUUAAUAUAUUGAUUUUCAAAGAUUUUCGUUCAAAAUAUUAAUAAUACUUGAACCAUUCUAAAAGGUAUUUCUCAAUGUCGCCCAGACGGUUCACAGAUGAACAGGGAGUAUUCGUGGGUAAUAUUCCUCACGAUAUUACCGAGAAUCAGCUUCGUAAUUUAUUCUCGAACUAUGGUAACAUUGUUGAUCUAAAGUUAAAUCGAAACCAUAAGAGAGGAAAAGCUCUGAACUAUGGAUUCGUCAUUUUCAAUGAUCCAUCAAUUGUGAAGAAAGUCCUUUCUAUGAGACCGAUUUGUAUUGGCAUUCACUGCUUGAGAGUGGUAGAGAUCAGGUCACAAACCAAUCGACCUAGAGCAACCUGGAGUGACAACGGCGAUACCAACGGAAGUAAUUCUUGGGGUUUUUGGGAAGCUGAUGAAGUACAAUCAAUGAAUAACUUAGAUUCAUCUGGUUCUCAAAAUCAAUCAGAGACAUUUGAAGAUCGAGGUGACCAAGAAGAUGGAGCAGUUGAUCAAGUACAAUUAACGAUCUGUACUUAUCCUGGUGACUUUCAUUGUGAUCAAAUUUUCGCCUGUUAUUUACUCCGAAAGCUUGGUGGUUUGGGUGCGAAAAUAGUUCGUACUCUUGAUUCCAGUCUGAUUGAGGAAAGUGAUUGUGUGAUUGGUUUCGGUUUAGUUUAUGAUCACUUCAGGGGUUUAUAUGAUUAUCAUCAAAGUAGCUUCAAGGAUACAACAUUGAAAUGUCUCGAUCCAAGGAAACCAUUCACCAUAAAGCUGAGCUGUGCUGGACUUGUUUAUCAUCACUAUGGACGCCGAGUUAUCAAAAAAAUACUCAAUUCGACAUCUGAUUAUCAAUUGUUAUCAAAAUUCGAUGACGAUGAACUAAUCGAAACUAUUUUCGAUGCUAUUUAUGAAAAUUUCGUUUCAGAAAUUGAUGCAAUAGCAAAUGAUACUAGUUUUAAUAAAGGGAAAUCGGCUUUCAAGAUAAACACAGAUUUAACUUCUCGAGUCUCCCGAUUGCGGCCUAAUUGGACUGAUCAGAUUAACGAUCAUCUCCAAACUGAAAGAUUUAUGGAAGCAAUUGAUCUGGUGGGAAGUGAAUUUGAAGAGAUUGUUAAAUACUAUUGUAAAGUUUGGCUUCCAGCGAGAAUAUUAGUCAAAAAAGCGUUUCUUAAUUGUAAGAAGGUACAAUCUUCCGGAGAAAUUAUCGAUCUAAGCCAAUUGGGAGAGAGCCCAUGGAUCGAGCAUUUGAUUAACAUCGAGAAAGAAUUGAAUAUUGAAGGGAAAAUCAAGUUCGCCAUUUUCUAUGAUGUCUCAGGGACUUGGAGAUUAUCUUGUGUCCCCCGAACUUAUUCACUAGAUGAGCUUCGUAUUCCUUUUCAGCCUAAUUGGCAUGGAUUAAGUUAUUCAGCUUUUUGUGAGAUUACUGGUAUUCCUGAUUGUAUUUAUAUUCACCCGUUAAUCAGUGACUUUGAAACCAGAGAGUCUUGUAUUGCAGUGGCCGAGAAAUUAAUUCAACUUAAUUCCGAUCGAAACCUCAACAAAGCUAAUUCAAUUUCCAAUGAAUCGUUUUACUCAAUCACUGAUCAAUUGUCUUCAAUGGGGAUAAAUGUUCAAAUUAAUGGACACAAAUCAACAAUUAACGGUAAUUUAAAAAAAGAUGAUCGUAGUGACAAUGAGACAAAGAUGAGGCGAUUGUCAUCUUUAGAGGAGAUUCCUGAUGAUUGGGAUCCAAUGGCAGAAGACGCAAAAUGUUAUUCCAAUAAUUAUCAAUACGACCCAACGGAUAUUGGAAACGUUGUCCAAGGAUUUAAAACCAAAGAUUAUACUGGGAUAUGUCAUCAUUUUUUGAGAGGCCAAUGUAAAUACGGUGCUGGUUGUGUUCAUAAACACGUUACACCUCAUGAACUUCAACUCCUCGACAAAGAAGAAGUUCUUUUAGAAACUCUCGAACGAAAUAUCGUCAAGGAAGGGUUGAAAUUGAAUGUAACGGUUACCAGUUGUCGAAGUCCAUAUUCAUUUUAUGUCGUACCAGCCGAAGACAUAAUUCAUCAACAAUCCUUUGACUCGAGAGUUGGAAGGAAUUACGAUUUCAUUGAUCCAACUCAGAAAAAUCUUCUCAUUUUGAUGGGAGAAAUGGCAGAAUUUUAUCGAAAGCCCGAAAAUAUUGAAAAUAUGAUUGUUUUCCCUGCAAUAGGAAGUCUUAUUGCUGUUCGGGCUGCCAUUUUCCGAGCAAGAGUCAUCGAUAUGAGUCUUGAUGAAGAUGAUUUGACAGUGAUGAAUAUCGACACUGGUGUCGAGUUGAUUGUUGAAAGACGUGAUGUUUUCACUCUCAAGCCAAAAUUUGCGACCUUACCAGCAUUCGCAGUCCACUGUGCCAUGGAAGUGCCAUCAGGAUUUUGUGUCACUGAUGAAGUCAUGAGUAAUUUUAGUGAAUUAGUACUCGGGCAAACAUUCAAAGCGCACUUCAAGGAAAGGGACAUGGCAGGGAGAUUCAGGGUUGACCUCUUUCACUCUGAAGGACAAAAGGUCAUAAUAUAAACCCAACGUGUGACAUCAAUCGACUAUCGAUAUGAUCUACUUAUCAGGCUUUCUGGUCUCAUGAUGGACAUAAAUUAAACGAGAGCUCCAUCUAAACCAAUAUCUCAUUAAUCUCCAUAAUAUUCAUCAUUCAACAGAGAGAAAUAGUGGUAUCUCAUUGGAAUUGAAUUCAUAGACGACAAUCAAACUAAUCAAAAUUUAAUACCCUUGUAAACAUAAGAAAACUUUAAGAUGAGACUCGAGAAGAUCUUGAGCUUGUCGAUUCUUUGAACAUAAACUAGUUGAUUCGAGGUUCAAGUUCCCGAAUCAAAAGAUUCUGUAAAAAGUAAAAUAAAAUAAAAUGUAAAUAAGAUAAACGAUUUAAA